AUGCAGAUCUUCUACCCCCUUCGCCGCUUGAUGGGCGAUGUUUACCUGUUUCUCCUCUUGUCAUCCGCCCUCACUCUUGCCUUUCGUUUCGAGUCUCUUCCUCAAAACGCGGCAUCCAUAUUUCGACGCAGUCUGCCUGGGUCUCUUGGCUGGGCUCCUGCAGGAGCUGUAGGCUAUUACUAUCCUCCAGGCCGGGUCGCCAAACCACCGGUACCAACAGAAACUAAAGCUAGCUCGACCAGUGCUGCUGAGAUCACUCAUGAAUUGAGACGACAAUUUGUAACGGAAACUGGAACUGUCCCGCGGCAACUUGCAGCUUCAGCAACCAGUGCCUCGCAUUCUACUGAGUCUAACCUGGCGAAUAAAGACGCUGUGUUUGGGAUGGCUGGUAUCCUCGCGCCGGCGCUCGUGGCUAUAUUCCAGGCGUAA